CGGCUACUAAAGAGUUAUUCGAGGUUUCUUACAAGAAAUUCACAGUGGCAGCUCGAAGUUUGAUCGCGGUUAGUCUCUUCACUCUCGCGCCUCGAAAAGCACGUAAAAUCGUUGGUGCUCCGCCUGAGCUCUAAACUAUUGCAUUGGAUCAUCUUCCCAUCGAAUUAUGGAGUAUAAAUUUUGUGCACUGGGGGCAAUUCAACUUCUGUCGUCGGCCAACUAGGGCGGCCGUUUCAGGAACAUGAGUUCAAAAAAGGAAAUUAACGAGGACCUUGCUAAUGAGAGACGUAAAUGCAACUUUAAUAUUGAAGAAGUUACGCAUAUCAUAGAUGGCGGUAUAGAAAAAACUCUGCAAAGAAAGAAAAUUGAGGACGUGGCUCUGAACGGAGGUGCGUCACUGGACGACGUUCCAGAAGAAUGCCUUGAUAUGAGGGAAAGAUAUGAAAAUGCUCUAAGGAAAUCUUGCAUUUAUGCUAAUAUACUUAGAAAUGAACUCCUUGAAAUUACUGGCAUUGAAAAUUUUGGGACGCCCGUCAUACGACGUACGGGAGAUGCAUUUUUCAAGGACAUUUCACCAUUCAUGUUACACCUUGGGAUGUUCGUGCCUACAAUAAUGGGGCAGUGUACUGCUGAGCAGCAAGCAAUUUGGCUUCCGAAAGCUUUAGACAUGCAGAUCAUUGGCGCUUACGCACAGACGGAGCUCGGUCAUGGGACGUUUAUCCGAGGACUCGAAACAACAGCUACGUAUGAUCCUAAAACUGAAGAAUUUAUUCUACACAGCCCUACAAUUACGUCGUACAAGUGGUGGGCUGGAGGGCUUGGAAGGACUGCUAAUCAUUGUAUAGUAGUGUCUCAAUUGUAUACUCAGGGCAAAUGCCACGGCGUCCAUCCAUUCAUUGUUCAGAUCAGAGAUUUGGAUACACACAUGCCUCUCCCUGGCAUAAAAGUAGGUGAGAUUGGACCAAGAAUGGGUUUUAAUACCGCAGAUAAUGGUUUCUUAGGAUUCAAUCAUUUUCGGAUUCCAAGAAUGAAUAUGAUGAUGAAGAAUGCACAAGUGCUAGAGGACGGUACAUAUGUGAAGGUUGCGAGACAUGGGAAAUUGACUUAUGGCACUAUGGUGUUUGUUAGAGUCACACUAGUGAAUGAAGCAUCAUUUCAACUCGCUAAGGCUGUGACAAUCGCAGUACGAUAUUCUGCUGUGAGAAGACAGUCUGAGUUAAGGCCAGGAUCCCCAGAGCCUCAAAUAAUUGACUAUCCAACGCAACAGCAUAAACUGUUUAUUUGCAUAGCAACAGCGCAUGCCUUCCAGCUCACUGCGAAUUGGCUCUGGAAUACCUUUACCGUCGUCCAAGCUGAAAUGAGAAAAGGAAAUAUUGAUACUUUACCAGAGCUUCACGCACUAUCGAGUUGCCUCAAAGCCGUCAGCACGUCGGACGCGGCGGCGUGCAUCGAACAGUGUCGGUUCGCGUGCGGCGGGCACGGAUACAUGCUGUCCUCCAACCUGCCCUACUUGUACUCCUUUGUAGCUGCCACCAGGACAUACGAGGGCGACUACACUGUGCUUUUGCUGCAGACCGCUAGGUUUUUGGUAAAAGCUUGGGAGCAAGCUGAAACUGGAAAAACUGUGACCCCAACGGUUGUCUAUUUGAAUCGCUAUUUCAAUACAAAUGGGAAGGUGGCCUGGAAUAAUACUCCCGAGGGAAUUAUUAAAUCAUUCCAAGCCAUUGCUGCCGGAAAAAUCUCCUUAUGUGUUAAAAGUAUACGACAAAGGAUAAAAACUGGAAUGGAUUAUGAGGACGCUUGGCUAAUGACGACUGUCCAACUCGUUAGUGCAGCUGAGGCACACUGUCGUUCAGUUAUUUUAGAUACAUACUGGAAUGAAAUGCAGAGACUAACAAAAUCUUCAAGUGAAAACGUAAAGAUGGUGUUGCAUCAGCUGACCAUGUUGUACUUAAUAUACUGGGCUUUAGACAAAACCGGUGAUCUACUACGGUAUUCGUCAAUAUCUGAAAGUGACAUUGAUUUACUCCAAAAGCAAUACGAAGAAUUAUUGGUGAAAAUCAGGCCUAACGCUGUGGGACUUGUAGAUGCGUUCGAUUUAAGAGAUGAGAUAUUGUUAUCUACUCUCGGCUCUUACGACGGUCGUGUUUAUGAGAGGCUCAUGGAGGAGGUCCAGAAGAAUCCUCUGAACAAAGAACCCGUUGAUCCAAGCUUCCACAAGUAUUUAAAACCCUUUAUGAAAUCUAAAAUAUGAAUUUCGGAAUUGUUGAACUAAAGGAUCUUAGCAGUUGAGAUGGUCAAAAAACGAAUGAAGAAGUUAUAAGCAGUUAAAUUUCUUCUGGGGUCUAAAAAUAUAAAUAUAUUGUAGAUAGGGAUACUUAUUUUUAUGAAUUUCUUGAUGAAUACCUAGUCUUAAUAAUCUAAGUACAGAUUAAGGAAUUCUCAUAUACUUAAUAUAUUAUUUAAUCUAAAUAUAAUAUGUAUACCGUAUUUUAUACCUUCGGUUUUCUUUAGAUAGUUGGGGAUUGUGUGAAUAAAGACUGAUAAAAUUUGU